UGCACCGCCGAGAGCGGCUGCCGACGCAGUCACCCGUCUCUUUAGUCUCGCCGUCGACCGUUCGUGUUUGGAUUCGCACCUUUGUUAUCAAACAUAAACCACAUUCGCGAUCGUGAUAUCUAACCAAAACAUAAGUAAAACAACCACAAAUCCUACCAGAAUAUUCUUUAACCUUAUAUACCACACUCGAUUUCAUCGCUCACACGGUCGACUGCGAGCAGAAAAGUUUCUGGAUUUAAAAAUAUAGGUUAUAUUUUGUUGUAAUACUUAGAUGGUUGAUCAUUGGUUAGCGAUAAUGAUACUUUAUCGAUAACGAAUCUGAUUAACUCUCAACAAGAUCUCACUCUUACCUGGUGUGUGUUACAAAAUUGUUAUCAAAACAGACGUAUCUUACGUUUGUUCGAAAUUCAGUGAACGGUUUAUGGGAAAUGCUUAUUACUGGGAGUGUUUGAUAGGGUCGUAAAAUGGUGAAAUGUUUUAGGAAGAGCUUUUCGCUUUCCGAUUUGUGGGUGACGUCUCACGAAAGGUUGUCAGACUUUUACCUCACGUCAUGGCAACGUGGAGAUUCAGCAGUGCCGAUGCUGGUGCUGCGGAUGCUCUUAGCUGUGAUCACAAUGAGCAUCUUCGUGUGGUCUAUUGCCACUUCUCCUACUCCAUAUUGGCUCAUCUACCUGACGAACUGGGGUCUGCUGCUGGUGACUCUGUUGACGCUUUCUGCCACCCUAGUAUCGCUCUUAGCUGUUUGCCAACGGAUACCUGAUGGAGGUCCCUUGCCGUGGUACGUGAGCAUGUACUGGUUGUUCUACAACACAACGAUCACCGUUGCGAUCAUCAUUACCGGCCUCUACUGGAUCUUGCUCUACAAUCCUGAACAAGAAGAGGAAGAUGAUGGAUUCUGGUUGGACCUGGCAACGCACGGCUUCAACUCGUGCGUUGCGUUUGUCGAAAUUGUGAUGUCGCGGACUCCACUUCGGCUGCUUCAUAUAUACCAGCCCCUCGGUGUGGGUCUGUGGUACGCAGCCUUCUCCGGGAUAUAUUACGCGGCCGGCGGUACCGAUGGGAUGGGAAAUCCUUUCAUCUACGAAAUACUGGACUGGCGGCAAGCAGGGCGUGCCAGCAUCAUUGUAGCAGUUUCAGCCGCUAGCCUCAUCGUCGUGUACGCCCUACUGUGGGGCGUAACUCUUUGUAGGGACAGGGUAUCAACAUCUCUGAUUCGUACUACGAGUUUAGAACUGCCCUUCGUACCUCCAGACCGACACUCGCCAAGUGGGAUGGUGUGACCUCAAGAUAUAAUAUAGUUAUUAUUUUUCAUUAUACAUGUGUUGAGUCAUGCACUUCUUAGUAAAAAAUGCUACUUCAAGCUAAUUAAAGUCAGUAAGGGAUUGGUUCCUGCACCUCUGUCUAAUAUAAAAGUAAUAGGAACACUACCUAUUUAUGUACAACGCUUUGCGAAAUGCAUUAAGUAUUAUUAGUCGCAUUGCAAAACAAAAAGACUCGGGAACACACCUCAACCUAUGCCAUUUAUUUUAAUAUUUUCAAUAUUUUUCUUCAAACUGUUAAAUUUUGAACAAAAGUGGGAUGGUGUGUCUUGAAGACAUUUUAUAGUUCUAUUUUUUUAUAAGUAUGUGAAUUUAGAAGAAAUGUCAAAAAAGCUACUCGAAGCUAUUUGUUACAUUUUAAAAAACAAGUCUGUUCAAGCGCGCGGCAGACAUGUCGUUUUAUGAAGACCUCCCUAGUUCAAUGGUGAGCGCAUUUGAGGUCUUGAGGUCUCGAAUUCUAUCCUCGGCGAUAAGAUAGUUUAGUAAGAAGGCAAUAUACCGACUCCAUAUAUCAUAGGAGAUGGACAAGAAAAAUUUAUAGCCUAUACUACCUUCGAAAACACAGAUGUUUUUUUUUAUAACAAGUACCUAAUAUCUAGCAUGCAUACGUUAAUAAUAUACAUUGUCCUAAACUACUACGAGAAAAAUACUGUGUGAGGUGUACAACAUUGAAAAGUUUUAACUGUUUUACGUGUAAGUAUACACAUAACUUUUUUAAGUAGGUAGAAUGUAAAUCUCUUAUAAGAUAGGGAAUUCAAUCACCUAUCUUAUAAGAGUUGCUUUUUUAUUUUAUAAGGAAAUUGGAAAUAUGCAGGCUUUAUAUUGUAGUAGGUAAGUGGUGUAGUACUUAUAACGGAAAUACGAAUUUAUACCUACGCUUAGGUACUUAAUGCAAUAUUAUUUCUAAGGUUUUUGAAGGGUAUUGUGACUUACACUUCAUACUAAGUGGAAAUGAUAAGUUUACGCAGGCGAUCUUAUUUUAUUUUUCGAGAUAAUUAUAUAGGUCAAACAUUACAAAAUUUUAUAAUUUACAUAUUACAAAAUUCCUUGAGCAAAAAACACCUGAGCCAGGAUUGUCCAAAAAACUAAAUGAUCAACAAAGAACACCCACAAAAUAACAUAAAAUCCUUUAAAAAAAUUACACUCGGGUCAUUUAAUACUAGGUAACCCUUGUCUAGACUUUACGUCUUCUUUAGAAUCAGAAAUCAUAAUCUUAGAAUCACAAAAAUACAAACAUUAGAUACCUACCUACAUAUUCAAUUAAACUUGAUUUAGUUCACACAAUAGUAAUAAUAGGUACUAAGACACUCAUUAUUAUCAGUUGGUGCUCAUAAAUUCAAACAGUUUAAAACACAUAAUAAAGAAAUACAAACAAAGCAAAACGUAUGAAACAAUAGUAAAUAGUACCUAUAUAUCUAUAUGUAAGUAAUUAUAAAUAUUUGCCACAUCAAAUUAAUGACAGAUUUUUAUGACAUUUAAAUUCAAGCUAAUUAAAAUGUAGUUUUUUUAUCUUUGUUAUUUUGGCCUCCAGACGAACGAAAACAAGGUAGGUACCUACACAGAAAAUAAUCGCCUGAUGAAACUUAGCAAUACGACCAGUAUUUUAUGUGUUAAUGAAAUGUUAAACACUAUUAUUAAGCAAUUUAAACCAACGAAUUAGCUAAGUUAGCUUAUCUACUUUUUUGAAAUACCUACUCUUUAUUACAUAAUUACCUAUUCCAUAUAUAAACAUAUAUAUCUAAGUACCAAUAAUUCACGUAGCAUUUAAGAUCAAUUUUUACUUUCGAUAUUCAAUUUUAAUCAAUAGGUUAAAAUUGACACCUCAUUUAUUAAAAUCGGCUCAAUUGAGGAACACGCCACAGUAAAUAUAUAAGCUAAAUAAACUGUGCGGACGCCACGUUACACUGUUUAUACAAACAUUAAUCUUAUUAAAUUGAUACAUUUGCCUCUAUAACUGGCUCACUACUACCUUUCUCAGUUAAUCGAAUAGGUACUUAAAAUAAUUUUAUUUUGUCUUUUUGGACCUAUUUUAUAAUAGUUGAAUGAAAUGUGAGUUGUCUUGUUAUUAUGUUUACCUACAUAUCAUAUAGUCAGUGGCGUGCAUUGAGGGUAUGCACAGGGUAUGCACUAAACGAGCAGAUGAUAUAAAAUUAAAAAAAUCUCCGAUACUAGUAAUUAAAACUUAAGGAGCGGAAUUGUAAAAAUUAUAAAAUGCCUUCCAUUAAGCUUUUAAUAACUCGUACUGGAAAUUUUCUUGAUUUUAUAUUAUCUGCAUACCCUCUAUGCACGCCACUGCAUAUAGUAGUAUUGUAUAGACCUAUCUAUAUUCUAUAUACCCAGUACAAUAAAUAGCCCGCAUGCAUUUAUCGCAGAACAAUAAAGACUGUCUUUUAAAAUAGUGUUGAUAUCAACACUACCACUUAUAUAUAUUACACGCAGUUCUCAUACAGGAUAUUCAAAUAUGGAUGCGCGUGAGAUAUUUUACUCGUAUAACCUAAACCAUCGUUCAAUUUUUGAUUCUAUUGAAAUUGUAAACACGAAUGGUGAAAAUAACUCGAAACCUUGUAUAUUGUAUGUAUACAUUGUAAGUUUCCCCCUUAUACUAUAUUCCAAAUAAAACUGUGUAUUUGUUUUUCUUUUUUAAUAUAACUGAUGUUGUUUUUU